UAAGUGUCGCUACAUUUCUGCAUAGGGUCCUAUGUGAGACUGAACUAGUUGUACUGAAAAUCAUGCAACCUCUGAAGAGUUUCUUAGGGGAAAAAAAUGAAUGACUCAAAAUAACCUGCAAUGCAUAAACAUUCACUUAAGCAUACUGGGCAUGCACUUUAUCACGUUAUCAGUUGGCAACUCAUUUAACUGUAAUGUUAAAGAAGUAAUAUUUAAUGUAUUUCAUGCCAUUAUCAGAUCUUAAGUAAGUCCAUAGUCUAGGCUUAGGGGGCCAUUAUCAAUAUAAGCGCCAUAAAACUCUGCUAUCAGUGUUGAAACAACGUUUAAAGGUCUGAGUGUGGCAAACAUAUAAAUUGAAACGUGCAGCCAUGGUUUGCCAUGAGUGCCUGCUGACAGUAAAAAUGAAGACCUUGUGUAGGGCUCUCUCUGUACUUCUUCUCUGCUGUAGGGUCUGCAGCAAUGCGGAGCAGAGGCAGCUGGACUUCAUGCUACUGGCAGGACCUCUGCCCGCACGCCUGCACAGCUUUAGCACGCAGCAUGUAGACCCCCAGCCUUUGUCUUGGGGAGGUCCUGGAGCAGAUGCCUUCGGCUGCAAGGGGCCGCUACCUGAGCAAUUGAGAGACUAUUUCCGAUACCUCCGCGCCAGGGGAGUGACUCAUUUCAAAGUUCCCUUGUCCUGGUCGCAGCUCUUGCCUGCUGGAGACCCUGGCCAGCCUGACCAGCAGACGGUGGAGUGCUACCAGGCCCAGCUGAAGCAGCUGAAGCAGGCAGGCCUGGAGGCGCUGGUGAUCCUGCAUCGCUCUGCUAUCCCAGAGGCCUUCAGGGGCAGACACGGCGGCUGGGAGAACCAGGCUACGGUCGACCUGUUUGAACGUUACGCCAAAUUUGUCUUCUCUGUAUUUGGGGAGCUGGCAGAUUUUUGGGUCACAUUCAGCCAUAUCAGCGAGCUGGUGCAGGAGAAGCUCAGAGGUGCAGCCUCAUCAUCCCAACAGGCAGCAGUGACGAAUGCUCUCCUGGCUCAUGAGAAGGUCUACAUCACAUACCACCAUCUUCUUUCAGGGGGACAGGUCUCACUUGGGGUGGAUAGCAAUGAUGUCUCCAUCUUGUCUCAAAAUGAGGCCACCAGUAGGGUACCACUCGAUUUUUUGUCUGUGGAAGUCCAGUAUGACUGCAGGCAGGAAGCAAGCCUGGAGAAAGAGCUGACAACUAUACAGGGAACCAGUGGGGGCCUGCCAAUUUUAAUCUAUCAGUUAGAUAUCAAAGGCUGUGCCUCCGAACAUGACAGCUACCAGUCCCUCACCAGCAUCCUGCAAGUCCUGAGGAACCCGGACUUGAAGAUCUUGGGCUGUGACAUUGUUAAUCUGUUUGAUCAGCUGAGCAUGGACCGCACCCCUAAAAGUCCCCCCAAUUUGAUAGGUAAAGCAGCUCGCCCCUCAUCUGCAUACAAACAGGUAUGGGAGAAGUUCAGUGUGCAAACUCCAGCAGACAGAGACAGCUUUCUGGCUGAAUCAUUCCCUGAGGGUUUCCGGUGGGGAGCCUCCAGCGAGUCCUUCAAGGUGGAGGGUGGCUGGGCGGAGCACGGAAAAGGGGAGACCAUCUGGGAUCGGUUCGCCCAUGAAGGCAACGUCCUUGGGAACCAGACCGCCGACCUAGCCUGUGACAGCUAUAAUAAAGCAGACUAUGAUGUCUACCUCCUGAGAGGCCUCCUCUCCAAGACCUACCAAUUUUCCCUGUCUUGGGCCCGCAUUUUCCCCUCCGGCCACAGGGGGAGCCAGAGCGUGGAGGGCACCCUUUACUAUGACAAGCUCAUCGAUGCUCUCAUUCAGUCCAACAUCCAACCUGUGGUGACACUGCACCACUGGGACCUCCCACAGGAAUUGCAGGACUAUGGAGGGUGGACUAAUGACUCCAUCACUGGGGCCUUUAGAGAGUAUGCAGACUUCUGCUUCUCCAGGUUUGGAGACCGUGUGAAGACUUGGAACACCUUCAGCAGUCCCUGGGUUAUAAGCCAUGCGGGCUAUGGUACAGGAGAGUACCCUCCUGGUAUCAAAGACCCUGUGGUUGACUCAUAUAAGGUGACCCACACCAUCCUGAAGUCCCAUGCUGAAGCCUGGCACGUUUACAACGAUAAAUACCGGCAGGUGCAGGGGGGCAAAGUUGGCAUCGCCCUGAAUUCGGACUGGGCCGAGCCCCUGGCCUCAUCCAGCCCUGCCCAGGACGUGGAGGCAGCAGAACGGUACCUGCAGUUUAUGCUGGGCUGGUUUGCCCACCCCAUAUUCGUGGAUGGAGAUUACCCACCUCUCCUGAAGAGUCAGAUCGGAGCGAAGCAGAGUGAAUGUCCUGGCGCAGAGCCCGCUGUCCUGCCCGUUUUCUCUGAUGCCGAGAGGAAGCGUAUCCAGGGGACGGCGGAUUUCUUUGGGCUGAACCACUACACGUCCCGGCUGGUCAACGAGACCAAGGGGGGCUGCCAGACCGGGCCAGCAGGGGUGGGGGAUUUCAUGUCGCAUGCAGACCCUUCCUGGCCCACCACUGCUUCCAGCUGGAUUUGUUCUGUCCCGUGGGGAAUCCGCAGGAUCCUCAGCUUCAUCACUGCAGAGUACACGUCUGUCACCAAGGUCCCUAUCUAUGUCACAGGGAAUGGCAUGCCCACGGUGGGAGGACCUGAGGUGCUCAAUGACACAGAGAGAGUGCUGUAUCUCAGGAGCUAUAUCAACGAGGCCCUGAAAGCUAUUCGUUUAGAUGGAGUGGACCUGCAGGGUUUCACCGUUCAGUCUUUGAUGGAUGGGUUUGAGGGCCCGCAAGGUUACAGUGAACGUUUCGGUUUGCACUACGUCGACUUUGGGAGCAUGGAUAGACCAAGGACCCCAAAGGCCUCUGCCCAUUUCUACUCCCAAAUCAUAAAGAACAAUGGCAUCUCUACCGUGAGACAAUGGAGGAUCCUACCGAGUAGCUCUGCCCCUCAAUACCAGACAACUAGGCUAUCUAGCCUACCUCCAUCUGAGGUCCCGUCAAAGGCCAAAGUGGUCUGGGAGAAGUUCUCCCGCCAAUCGAAGUUUGAGAGGAAGCUCUACCACUAUGGGACCUUUCCUGAAGGAUUUCACUGGGGGGUCUCAUCCUCAGCAUAUCAGGUGGAAGGCGGCUGGGAUGCAGAUGGGAAAGGUAUGAGUGUGUGGGACCAGUUCACCCAUACGCCCGGCAGCAUUCCCAACAAUGACAAUGGAGAUGUGGCAUGUGACAGCUACCGCCAGACAGAGGAGGACCUCUACAUGCUGAGAGCCCUAGGGGUGACAUCCUACAGGUUCUCUCUGUCCUGGUCCAGAAUCUUCCCCAAUGGCCAGAAGGUGUCCCUCAACCAGAAUGGUGUGGACUAUUACAAUAAGCUCAUUGAUGGUCUCCUAGUCCACAACAUCACCCCCAUAGUGACACUGUAUCAUUGGGACCUACCCCAGGCCCUAAUGAGCAUCAAUGGCUGGGAGAAUGUCUCCACCAUUGCCUUGUUCAGUGAGUUCAGUGAAUUCUGCUUUGCCACCUUUGGGGACAGAGUGAAGUUCUGGGUGACCUUCAAUGAACCCUACACCAUAGCGUGGUCAGGGUAUGGACUUGGGGCUAUCCCUCCUAAUGUCAAGAAUCCUGCUGACGCUCCCUACAGAGUGGCCCACAACCUGCUGAAAGCUCACGCUAUGGCAUACCGCACGUAUGAUGAGAAGUACCGUAAAGCCCAAGGUGGUGUGGUCUCCAUCAGCCUCAAUGCCAACUGGGUGGAGCCUAAGGACGUUGACAUUCCAAGGGAGGUGAGGGCUGCUGAUCGUGCCAUGCAGUUCCAGCUGGGCUGGUUUGCUCACCCCAUCUUCAAGAAUGGUGACUACCCAGACGCCAUGAAGUGGAUGGUAGGAAACAAGAGCGAGCUGCAGGGCCUGCCAGAGUCCAGGCUCCCUGUGUUCACGGAGCAGGAGAAAGCCUACAUCCGGGGCACUGCCGACGUCUUCUGCAUCAAUGCCUACACCACAAAAAUAGUGCGUCACAUUACCCCCAGGCUCACCCCUCCAUCCUACGAGUAUGACCGAGAUGUGGGAGAGGCGGAGGAGACUGACUCUCCUGGGACAGCCAUUAAUGGCCAGAGAGCCGUGGCCUGGGGCCUGAGAAGGCUUCUGAACUGGAUCAAGGAAGAGUAUAGUGACCCUGAAAUCUACAUCACAGAAAAUGGGGUGGCCACCAACUCUAAGACUACUGUGGAUGACACAGACAGGAUAUUCUUCUUUAAAUCCUACAUCGAUGAGGCACUGAAAGCUCAUAAUCUGGAUGGAGUUAGACUGAGGGGAUAUGUGGCCAGCUCUCUUAUGGACUCCUUUGAGUGGCUCCAUGGCUACACCGUGGGUUUCGGGCUACACCAUGUUGACUUCCAGCAUCCAAUGCGCCCCCGAACCCCCAAAUACUCAGCCCAUUAUUACCAUCGCAUCAUGAAGGACAACGGAUUCCCUCUGCCAGAGGAUGAGAAGCCAAUAUAUGGAUUCUUCCGUAAAGACUUCUUCUGGAGCACAGCGACUGCAUCCUAUCAGGUUGAGGGGGGCUGGAGGGCUGAUGGGAAGGGACUGAGCAUCUGGGACAAGUUUGCACACACCCCCCUGAAGGUCGGCAAUGAUGACAAUGGUGACAUUGCCUGUGACAGCUACAAUAAGGUAGAGGAGGAUGUGGCCAUGCUCAAGAGGUUGAGGGCCACCCACUACCGCUUCUCCAUCUCCUGGCCCAGGGUCCUGCCUGACGGGACUCCCAGGACCAUCAAUGAGGCCGGUCUAAAGUACUACCACCGGCUGGUCAAUGCGCUGUUAGCUGCAAACAUACAGCCGCAGAUGACGCUGUACCACUGGGACCUCCCCCAGGCCCUGCAGGACCAGGGGGGCUGGGAGAAUGACACCAUUGUCCAGAGGUUCAAGGACUAUGCUGAUGUCAUCUUCAGUAGCCUGGGAGACAAAGUCAAGUUUUGGAUCACCAUCAACGAGCCUUACAAUGUGGCCAAUAUUGGCCAUGGAUAUGGCACUGCUGCACCAGGUAUUAGCUUCAGGCCCGGAACACUGCCCUACAUCGUGGGUCAUAAUUUGCUGAAGGCGCAUGCGGAGGCCUGGCACCUGUACAAUGAGAAGUACCGCCCCAAACAGGGAGGCAUCAUCUCCAUCACCAUAAACUCUGACUGGGCGGAGCCUCGCAACCCCUACAAGCAGGAAGACAUUGAUUCUGCCCGGCGAGUUGUACAGUUCUAUAUCGGCUGGUUUGCACAUCCUGUGUUUAACGGAGAUUACAGCGAUGUCAUGAAGAACAUUAUUAGAGAGAGAAGUUUGGCGGCUGGCCUCCCUAAAUCUCGGCUGCCAGAAUUCACUCCGGAAGAGGUUCAGAGAAUCAAAGGCACCUAUGACUACUUUGGAUUCAACCACUACACCACUGUUCUGACUUUCAAUGUGGACUACAAAAACCUCCAGCACUAUGAUGCAGACAGGGGGGCAGGGACCAUUGCAGACCGCACCUGGCUGGAUUCGGGAUCAGCCUGGCUCAAAGUCACACCUCCGGGGUUCAGAAAGAUCCUGAAUUUCAUCAAGAAUGAGUAUGGGAACCCCCCCAUUUACAUCACAGAGAACGGCAUCUCCGAGCGGGGCCCAAUUAACCUGAAUGACGUCCACAGGAUCCAUUACUAUGAGAACUACAUUAACCAGGCUCUUAAAGCAUAUCUGCUGGACGGCGUAGACAUUCGGGGCUACACGGCUUGGUCUCUCAUGGACAAUCUGGAGUGGGCCACUGGCUUUGCUGAGAGGUUUGGCCUCUUCCACGUCAACCACUCUGACCCAGCACUACCGCGCGUAGCCAAACAGUCUGCUGCGCGGUAUGCCACCAUCAUCACCUGCAACGGCUUCCCUGACCCCGCCCUCGGCUCCCACGAGUGUCUGACCCCAGAACCUGAAGGAACCAGCUCUCCCUCACCUUCUCCGCCUCAGCCUCCACCAGUAAAGGUCCCGGGAGUCAGGUUUUUAGGCUUGGAGGUGUCCCCCUCUGAUGCGGAGGUGGCUUUGUACAUACUUUUCUUCUUCUCUAUUGCCGGCACCAUUGCCACCAUCUUAAUAGCUUACCGAUGCAGGAAGGCAACCCGAAAGUCCCAGCACGAGGAACACAUCAGCCUUGAGAAAAGAUUUUAAGAACUGCAGAGCGCAUCUUGCCAACCCAUCAUCCACCCUACAGAAGACAUUUUCCAGAAGAUUAUUCUUAUAUUAUGUUUUGCUAGAUUCGUUUUUAUAUCAUGUUAAUUUAUGAAUGAUGUACUUUUGCAUUGUAUAAACUUUUGGAAUGUUAGCUGAAAUCUAGUCAGGUUGCUAUCUGGCAGUUUAUCAUCUGAUUAAGUUAUUUGAAGCAAAGGUGAUAGCUUUCCCUCUUUCAAAUGUGUCCACCUCUUGUUAUUUGACAGCCCUGCUUUCCAAUCAGAACAUACUUGCUUUGUCUGCUACUAAUGGACCUUUGAACUUUGGCAAUGCUCCAAUAGUAGUGAUAUAAUAUGCUUCAAACAAGUGCUAGCCACAGCCACUGGAAGGCCUUCUUCCAUAGUCACUGGUACUGUUAACCCCUCCAAAGCUAAUAUGAACUGCUUGACUUAAUUUUUAUUUGUUUGUCCUGUGGUGAAAAUUGUGUUUGUUGUGUUUUAAGGAUUAAAGUUUUUUCCUAUAAAGUUGACACGUCAGUUACCGUUUUUGAUGCAAUUGAAGUAAACUUGUCCUGGUGAAGGUAUGUCAAAUUUGGGAGUAUAUCAAACACAGCAUUCACUAUUAUUUUUUUACAACAAUGUUCCCAGUCUCACAUUUUUGUCUACUGGUGUAGUAUUAUUUCCUCCUAUUUGCUAAUAUCUACCGACUGUAUGAAAAUAUGACAUAUACAAUUGCUAGGACCCCUCUUUGCUCUCAUGCUCCUCACUCCCUAGUAGCUGCCUGAGCUUAAGAUUUCACAGCUAAAACUAGCUGACAGUUACGUUGUUCUGCUUCAUAAAAUGAGAAAAUUAGCCUUUUAUCAGUGGACAACAACAUAAACAUAUCAGAAAUGAAAUGAAUAAUGGUUGCAUAACAUUCUCUACAUAAGUUUGACAUGCUCGAAAAUUUAAAAAGUGAGUACCCUAUGUUAACCUACAGUAACCUAUGUUUCUAUCAGUUUCUAAGGGUUUAUAAACAGCAUGCCAUACACAAGCUGCAUAUUGAAUUGUUAACAUUUCUUGCACCAUGCAUUUGGCUGUGGAG